CUCUUGUUAUUUCAUUCUCAUUGUCCAAAAUGAAGAAUUGAAAAGUUGUAAAGAAUCGUUGAUAUUAUAUUAUCAAGAACUUUUUCUAAUUGUUUAGAAACUUCUAGCAUCAUUCUGAGGAAAAUUAAACGUACUGUAUUGUUUGUAGCCACAUUCAAGGGUUACCAUGGCUUAUAGUACUAAACCAGAAGAGAUGGUGUUCCAACCAAUUCAGUUGGAAGAAGAAAAUGGACUCGUGAAAGAUAAUAAAAAGACAAACAAACGGUUAUCAGUAGAAAGAAUAUACCAGAAGAAAACACAGUUGGAACACAUUUUGCUCCGCCCAGAUACAUAUGUAGGAUCUGUGGAACCUAUAACUCAGUCCAUGUGGGUGUAUGAUGAUGAAGUAUCAGGGAUGGUGAAUAAAGAAAUCACAUUUGUGCCAGGCUUAUAUAAGAUUUUUGAUGAAAUCUUGGUGAAUGCUGCUGACAAUAAACAGAGAGACAAAAACAUGGACUGCAUUAAAAUUGAUAUAGAUCCGCAGGCUAACAAGAUUAGCAUCUGGAAUAAUGGAAAAGGAAUACCUGUUGUUGAACACAAAGUGGAAAAGAUGUUUGUUCCAUCCCUCAUUUUUGGUCAUCUUCUGACAUCUUCAAACUACAAUGAUGAGGAAAAGAAAGUCACGGGUGGUCGAAAUGGAUAUGGUGCAAAGCUGUGUAACAUUUUCAGUAAGAAGUUUGUUGUAGAAACUUCAAGUAAGGAGUACGGAAAAUCUUUCAAGCAGACAUGGACAGACAACAUGAUGAAAACUACUGAUGCUAAAAUAACACCUUUUCAUGGAGAAGAUUUUACUCGAAUAACUUUUUAUCCAGACCUGGCUAAGUUUAAAAUGGAAAUGUUGGACAAUGACACUGUUGCAUUUUUAUCUAGACGGGCUUACGAUAUUGCUGGCAGUACAAGAGGAGUCAAAGUACAUUUGAAUGGAAAAAGAUUACCAGUAAAAAGUUUUAAAGAUUAUGCAGAACAGUAUGUCAAAGGUAAAGAAGACGAACAAGGUAAUCCAUUGAAAAUAGUUUAUGAAAAUGUGAACGAACGUUGGGAAGUAGCCAUUACACUCAGUGACAGGGGUUUUCAACAUGUCAGCUUUGCUAAUAGUAUUGCUACUACCAAGGGUGGAAGACAUGUUGAUUAUGUUGCUGAUCAGAUUGUGAACAAGCUGGUGGAAGUAGUGAAGAAGAAAAACAAAGGUGGUGUACAGGUUAAACCUUUUCAGAUCAAGAACCACAUGUGGAUUUUUGUCAAUUGUCUCAUUGAAAAUCCAACUUUUGACUCUCAAACAAAAGAGAACAUGACAUUGCAAGUUAAGAGUUUUGGCUCAAAGUGUCAGCCAAGUGAAAAGUUUUUGAAUCAGGUCAUGAAGUGUGGUAUUGUGGAAUCAAUUAUGACAUGGGUUCGAUUUAAAGCUCAGACACAGCUAAACACAAAAUGUAGUGCUAAAAAGCAUUCCAAACUAAAAGGGAUCCCCAAGCUAGAAGAUGCCAAUGAUGCAGGUACCAAAAAUUCCAUUGACUGUACGCUCAUCCUUACUGAAGGAGAUUCGGCCAAAUCUUUGGCCGUGUCCGGUCUAAGUGUGAUUGGUCGAGAUAAGUAUGGAGUUUUUCCACUGAGAGGCAAAAUGCUGAAUGUUAGAGAAGCAACACAUAAGCAGAUUCUGGAAAAUGCUGAGAUUAACAACAUUAUUAAAAUCAUGGGUCUUCAGUACAAAAAGAAGUAUGAAAGCAUAGAGGAUUUACGUACCUUACGAUAUGGUCGACUCAUGAUCAUGACCGACCAAGAUCAAGAUGGAUCACAUAUAAAAGGGUUGCUUAUAAACUUCAUUCAUCAUAAUUGGCCGAGUUUACUUCACCUACCUUUUCUUGAACAGUUUAUAACUCCAAUAGUCAAGGCUGUAAAGGGAAAGGAAGAAAAAAGUUUCUACAGUUUGCCAGAAUUUGAAGAAUGGAAAACUCAAAUUUCCAAUUGGAACACUUGGAAGAUCAAGUACUACAAAGGUCUUGGUACCAGCACAGCAAAGGAAGCCAGAGAAUAUUUUGCUGACAUGGCACGGCAUCGAAUCAAGUUUAAGUAUGAAGGUUCUGAUGAUGAUAGUGCUAUCCAGCUGGCUUUCAGUAAGAAGAUGGUUGAACAGAGAAAGGAAUGGCUUACCAAUGGAAUGGAAGAAAGGAAACACCGUCGGGAGUUGGGGCUGCCUGAGUUGUAUGUUUAUGGAAAAGCUACAAGCCACUUAACGUUCAAUGACUUCAUCAACAAAGAGCUUAUUUUGUUUAGUAACAUGGACAAUGAACGAUCUAUUCCUUCCCUUGUUGAUGGUUUGAAACCAGGACAGAGGAAGGUGAUUUUCACUUGCUUCAAAAGGAAUGAUAAACGUGAAAUUAAAGUUGCUCAAUUCGCAGGAUCUGUGGCAGAGCUUUCUGCUUAUCAUCAUGGAGAGAACUCUCUAAUGGCAACCAUUAUCAACUUGGCACAAAACUUUGUUGGUAGCAACAACAUCAACUUGUUGCAACCCAUUGGACAGUUUGGCACUCGACUGCAGGGUGGAAAGGAUUCUGCCAGCCCUCGAUACAUUUUUACGAUGCUCAGUCCUUUGGCAAAGCACAUUUUUUCUUCUCUUGAUGAGCCUCUUUUGAAUCAUCUCUAUGAAGACAACCAGAAGAUUGAACCUGAGUUUUAUGUUCCCAUAAUCCCUAUGAUCUUGGUGAAUGGAGCAGAAGGUAUUGGAACAGGAUGGAGCACUAAGAUCCCAAACUAUAAUCCCAGAGAAAUAGUAGAGAAUCUCCGUAGAAUGAUUGUUGGAGAGGAACCAAAACUCAUGAAACCAUGGUUCAAAAAUUUCCGUGGCUCAAUAGAACAGUUAGACAGCCAGCGUUUUGUAAUAAGUGGUGAGGUAGCUAUCUUGGGAACAAACAAGUUGGAGAUAACAGAGUUACCAGUUCGUACGUGGACUCAGUCUUACAAAGAACAAGUUCUGGAGCCAAUGGUUCACGGUACAGAGAAGACAAAGCCCAUAAUAAUAGAUUACAAGGAGUAUCACACUGACACCACUGUAAAGUUUCUGAUAACGAUAAAUGAGGACAAACUUGCUGAACUUGAACACCAAGGUCUACACAAAGUCUUUAAGCUUCAGUCCACUGUAAAUACAACAUCAAUGGUACUGUUUGAUCAUACCGGUGUUCUUAGGAAAUACGAAUCUCCUCAAGAGAUUCUGACAGAGUUUUUUACUGUUCGACUUGAGUAUUAUGCAAAACGAAAGGCAUACCUUGAGGGUAUGUUUGGUGCAGAAACAAAUAAGCUUGAAAAUCAAGCUCGGUUCAUCCUGGAGAAGAUUGAAGGAAAAGUUGUUGUAGAAAACAAGAAAAAGGUAGACUUGAUACGCACACUUGUGGAGCGUGGAUAUGACUCUGAUCCUGUAAAAGCAUGGAAGAAAGCUGCUUUGAAACAACAGUUAGAGAAGGAGGGGACAAUGAUGGAUGAAUCUGAGAGCAGUGAUGAUGAAGAAGGAGAAGCUGCAGGUCCAGAUUUUGAUUAUCUUCUUGGUAUGAACAUGUGGAGUCUCACAAAAGAAAAAAAAGAUGAAUUGUUGAAAAAGAGGGAUGAAAAGAGGAAAGAGUUAGAAGAUCUCAAACAAAAGUCUCCUGCAGACUUGUGGCAAAGUGAUCUUCAGAGCUUCAUGGAGGAACUAGAUAAAGUGGAGAAGAAAGAAAAAGAAGAUGAAGAAGCUGGAAUUUCAGGCAAUGUGAUGAAAGCAGCCCAUAAACAAGGUGGUGGAAAGUCCCGUCCAAAGAAGAUGGCAUUAGAAGAGACAAAACCAUCUCCAAUGAGCCAGCGAAUAAUUCCUCAUAUUGAUCCAGAACUUCGCAAAAAAGUCGAGAAACCGGCUGGAGGAGCUGGAGAAGUAAAAAAAAGAGGGAGAAUGAAGAAAGAAGCUGAUGGAGAAUUUAAUAAAGAAGAAGAUGAUGAGCCAAUGCCUCUUGCUGAAAGAAUUGGCAAUUCUCCUGAGAAAUAUGAACAAGCAAAGGCAAAGAAAACAUUAAAGCAGCAAAUUAAACCUAGCCCAAAGAAGUCACUCUCAUCUAAAAAGAAAGGACCAAAAAGAAACCCAUGGUCAGCUUCAGAAUCUGAACCUAGCUCAUCUGAAGAAUCAGAUGUAGAAGCUAGUGACUAUAUACCACCAGAGAAGAGAACCACUGCUCCAAGACGAGCUGCAGCUUCAAAGGCAAAAUAUAACUUUGACAGUGAAGAAGAAGAGGAGGAGCACGAGAAUUUUAAGCCAAAUUAUGGAGCUUUUGAAGAUGAUAUUGACCGUAUUCGCUUAGAUCUAGAUGGAAUCAGCGAGGAAGAUGAACCUCCCAGUAGAACAAAGACCAAAACAAUAAAAAAGUCUCAGCCAGAACCUCACAGAGAGGAAAAAACAAAUGAAAAUCAAAAUGGAAGAUCAACACCUGAAAUGAUUAUAUCAGACAGUGAAGACAGUUUUGAUGCCCCACCAUCCAGGACCACCAAAAAAACAGAUGAUACUGUUGGUGGAGAUAAAGAUGGGCUCUUUGAUUCUUUAUUGGGAGGAUCUUCUCCAGAUAAAAAACCUGAUGAGUCUAUGUCUUCACUCAACAUUGAACCAUCAACAGUUCCCUCUGCAAAAUCUGUUGAUAGUGGUUCCAGCACAGAUGAUGAUGAAAGAGCCAAUAAACAACGGGAAAGCAAAGUAGUGAAACAGAAGGAGGAUAGAUCUGAUGGCUCAGACAAUGAAUUUAUUCCUGAGGUUAAGAAAUCACGUGCUAUACCUAAAAAACCAACUACUGGUGGAGGAGAAAAGAGAAAGAAAAAGGAAGCUACAGCAAAACCAGCAAAGCGUCCUAAAAAAGACCCAAAGAAAAAGGCUAAAUCAGACAGUGAUGAUAAUGAUGAUGAGUCUGAGGUAAAAUGCAGCAGUGCCCCUGCACCCCGAUCUCGCUCGGCCCGCUCCUGUGCACCGAUUAAGUAUAACUUUGGUGAUGAAUCUAGUGAUGAAGGUUUUUGAACAGUAGUAUAACCAGCUCAACCCUGUUUCUGACUAUCAUGAAUGAAGGGCAGGGAGACUAAUUUCAGACUGAAAGUGGUAAAUUGUAUCAGAAAAUAGUGUUAAAACUCUCCAGCUGAUACUGUUGUCAAAAUAGAAAGAAAUUGUUUUCUGCCCUGACAUGUUUUAUCAAAUGUUACUUUUACCAGAAUGGAUGACAGUCCAUUGUGGAAAUCUCCAGUAGGUUUCUUUGUGUGUUCCAUAUUCAUCAUUUGAUAAUUGAAGUUCUUUCAGAUACUGUGGGUGGUCUUAAUGCUUGUCUUUGUUUUUGAAUUUGUUGUACUAAACUACAGUAUGUCAGCAAUAGAAUAUGGGUGUCUUCAAGAUCUCCUCUUUUAUUCUUUUUUUUUUUUCAUGCUUUUUUUUAAUAAUGGAUAAAUUAUAUUAUUCAUCAUUCCACACCAAACUACAGUUUUAACCAAAUUAACUGUAAAACAAAUAUUGUAGGGCUUUGGCUUGAAAUGUGUUUGUGUAAAAUAGAGAAAAAAUAAAAAAUCCCCACUUUGAUCAUACUUGGUACAGAUCAUUAUUGUAAUAAUUUGUAUCCCCCCCACCCACACACUAUAGUUUAGACAAGGCUUUUCCUCUUGUACGUGGUCCGUCCCCACAUUUCUAUAAAAUAAUGUAUUGUACCAAGUUUGUGACAUUUUUUAACCCUUGUUGGCUUUUCUAGGACUUUACCAUAGUACUAUCCCCUUUGUAAACAGUGAAAAUUGUGAGUGAAAUGUGACUGCAAUGUAUUUAUUCCAGUCAGUAUGUAAGUGUGGUCUGGUAUUUAUAGUUUGGUUCAUUUUCUAUUCAUUGUAGUAGAACUUAGUUCAAAAAUUAACAUUACAGAAAGACCUAAUAGAAAAUCAUCAUUGUUAAAAUAAGUUCACAUUUAAGAUUUGUAUUACAUCACAUUGAAAUCUGCAUACCAUAUUAUGGUAUUUUUGUGGAGGUUGUUGUCAGAGUUUUCAUACUGUUACAGAUAAAUAUGUGAAAACAUCUUUGUUUCUAAAUGUACUUGUACUCACCAUAUACUUGACAAACAAAGUAUUUUAAAAUAGUAGAGUAAUGGCUUAGUUUAAUGUGCAUACUUUAAAGAUAACAGUGUGUAACUAUACUGGUUAGUUACUGAAACAGCUUCUUAUGAACUGCUGAGUAAGUAGGAAAUUUUCAGUUGCAAUAUGAUAAAAAUGUUAGCUUUCAUAAAAUAUUAUUUCAUAUUGGUAUAAAAUGCUUAAUGCUGAUGAAGCAUUGAGACUUUUUAGGCUUAAGAGUAUAACACACUUGACUUUUGAGAAGACUUGAAUACUUUGUUUUUAAUAUAUCAUUUUCACUACCCAAUUUCAGUGAAACUGAUUCCAAAAACCUUUGAAUCUCUAUUGUAGAGAUUAAACGAAAAAAUUAUUGUAACUUUUAUAUCACUUAUAUCAAACAGCUUUCACUGAAAAUUAAAAGAAAUGAGAAGUGAUGAGGGAAGCUAUAGAAAUUAUUUAUUUUUAAAAAAUAGUUCCUUAUGGAUAGUCAGUAAUCUUUUAUUACUGUCUUAAUUGUUCUUAUUUUAAACCUUGUCGGUAUCCUUCUUUUUGAACAAUAAAGAUAACUGUACAGGAAUAGAGCUUAGACAUGUACAAUACAAUUAAAAGUGUCUUUUGCUGACCUUUUAUAAACUAAGUUACAUGAAAGUGGAUAUAGCUAGGCUGGAGUAAAGAACAUGCAUGAGAAAGAAAAGUCUUGAUUUCAUUUAGUCAUACAUAAAAACAAAUACAUGACUGCUUUUCAUACUUGAAUGGUACUUUUCAAAAGAUUAUAUUAACAAAUUUCCUGUAGUGGUAAAAUGUUGUAUCUCUUCUCCACUGAGUAGUAUUAUAAAGUACAAGAGAAGGAUAGAAUCAGGUAUAUAUAUGAACGAAUGUUUACCAGACCUAAAGGUCCAUUCAAUGACAGCUGAGACUAAUGGGUAAUAUUUAUGUUUUCAGUUUUGAAAGACAAUGAUGCUUCUUGUUUUUUUGGUCUCAGGUAGUAAGUGUUCUUAAGUAAAUGAAGCUAAAUCAUGAUUGAUGUAUGUGAAAAUGUGUCCAUAGGACUUAGAAACCCUUGUGCUAUUUAAAACAGGCUAUUAUCAUAAUGUAAUGGGCUAACACUGGAAUCUUGUAACUUCUCAAUAUGAAUGUUCUUCUGUCUUCCAGACUAUCCUUUAAAAAGAAAUGCCAAAUAAGGAAGAAGGUAAAUUUUGUUUUUCAGUUGCUAUAGCAAGAGGAAACAUUUAUCCAAGUUCUAUUCUGAUGAUGUAAGCAUUAGACCUUCAGUAAACGAAGAUUGCUCUGGAGUGUCACCAAUCAGUGUAUUAUUCUUUGAAUAAGUAAAAUGAAACAAUGCUAUAGAAAAUUGUUCUAAAAAUUUAUAAAAAUACUGAACUUCUGAAUUAAAAUAUUUUGAGUGAUGAAGCUGUUGAAGCAUAGCUCUCUCUCUCUCUGGGGACAAGUACAAAGUCUUAUUACAUCAGAAGCUACUCAGAUGUAAAGAGUAUACAGAAAAUUAGCUUUCUUAAUAUGAGUAUUUUUCAGAUAUUGUGCAAACGAUUUCAGUGCUCAUGUAACCCUUUGUGCCAAGUGAACAAGAAAGUUUCUGUUGUUUGUAUAACUUAUAACCUUUAUUCCCUGUCAGAUUUUUUUUCAGUUUUAGAAUAUAUCUGAGAUUCACUUGCCCAAACUCUGUUUUCACUAUGACUUAGUGAUUUUUAUUGUGGCAUAUAAUUAUCAAGUGGAUUUUCUGUUGUUUUUGCCACAUCAGAUUAUAGAAUUAUAAAUAAUAAAUAUAGUAAAGUAUAAACUGUGUAGAGAAUAGCAUGAUGAAUUAUUUUUUGUCAUUGUUUGCCACGUAAGUCGAUAGAAUUAUAAACAAUAAAUAUAGUAAAGUAUAAACUGUGUAGAGCGUAGCAUGAUGAAUUAUUUUUGUCAUUGUUUGCCACAUAAGUCGAUAGAAUUAUAAACAAUAAAUAUAGUAAAGUAUAAACUGUGUAGAGCGUAGCAUGAUGAAUUAUUUUUGUCAUUGUUUGCCACAUAAGUCGAUAGAAUUAUAAAGAAUAAUGUUUAAACCAUGAAACAACAUAGCAUGAAUUUUUUUGUCAUCAUUUGACUCAUGAAAGUAUAAAAUUUUGAGAAGUAAACUUUAAACUCUGCACAUAUGUUUGUAUUUCUACUUACCGAAAUGUUGGGGAAAAAAGUACAGUUGUCUCUUAAAUACAAAUUUAAAUAUACUUGCAAAAAAUAAGCUGCAUUACACUAGUAUAAUUUCUGUGACUAAAUUGGUAGUUAUUAUUUAAAAGUAGAAUAUUUGAUAAUGUGUGAAGUUUAUCACAGAAUCCAUUAUAUAUUUACAGUUUUUGAUCUAUAUACAUAUGUAAGAUAUGUAGCUAUAGUACCAUCAUUUAUACACCUAACAGGUUUGGCUGUAAUUUUGACUCAUUAACAGCUGUGUUUUAAUUACUAUUCAUAUUUUUAAUCAUGCUGGACUUUAUUAUUGGUGUACUUUUUUUUUAAAAGGUUAACAAUGUUUCCUUUUAAUCUAUCAUAGAAUUUCCAUAUUGUGUAUUUAUGGUUUGUUAGUUAUUUACAUCAGCUGUGGAAACUGUUAAUAUACAGACCUCAAAAUAUCCAUACUUUUCAACAAGCUUUAUCUCUACCUGGUUCUUAAACAUUUGAUAAAAGAACAUCUCAUCCAAACUGAAACAUAACUUGUUUUUCGUUUUAAGAUUUAGAGUAGUGGCUCUUAAUUCAUCAUUCUUUCUUGAGUUUGGUUUACAGAAAUGUUUGAAAUGUGCAACUAUUACAGUUAAUGUUAUCAAAAAGAAAGGUGUGUGAUAAACCAGCAUAACAUAGUUUCAAAGUUCAUCUUUCAAUGUAUGGCCCUGAUAUUUUGUAGUUGCUGUAAUAUUGCUGAUAUUGAGACUUGCUAGUAGCUGUAGUAGUAUGUCCACGUGUAUAAUAUUAUUACAUUUUUACUGGUUGUCACUCAUUUUAAUUGAUGUGAGUUAUUUUUCCUUUAUAUACACUGUUACACUACCAUUAUGUAUGUGGUGGGUAUUGUGAAACUGAUGUACAACAACAUUGGUUUGGUAGUAUGGUAUAAUAAAAUCUUACACUUUUGUAUAUGCUGAACGGGUUUACAUGAACCAAUAUUUAUUUUAUUUUCACCCUGUUGUUUACAAAACCAGUUUUUAUUACAAGGGAUGAUUUUUUGCUCUGCUUUUACUUGCCAAGAACAGUGAACCACAUAGGUAACAGCAAUAAAUGUGGUUUUUGUGAUGUUCA